AUGCAUCCUCGCCUCAAUGUACUGGUGGCCUUCCACGUUUGCGCCAGAAGAAUACCUCGCCGCCUAAUCCGACCCAGCGGUGCGCGGCGCUAUGUCUCAUCAAAUACGGAGACUGCCCAGCCAAAUCCUCCGCUAGACCUAGACCCAAGUUUCCAGGCGCUGCUGAGGGACGUCGAUAUCUCAUUGGAACGGCACAAUCCAAAGGAUGCUGCGCUGCCGUCGCGACGCGAACUUGAGGCUCUUCCGGUGGAGGGGACCGAGGACUCUCUUUUACUGCCAGACGACGCGCCACACGAUGAGUACAGCCUCAGAAAGUCCCCUGCAGCACACUUUGGCAGCCAGCGUAUCGGUGCGGUUAUCCUCCCACUGGAACUGCAGGCUUCCAUCACUUCCAUCAUAGCCGAGUCCGACAAACAGCGGCUUCAUCAGGAUGCCAAACGUCUCUUCUUUGAUGAAAGUGGCAACUCAUCGGCGGAAGACGCAUGGGAAGUCGAGUACGAUGUCAAGUACCGGUCUCGACGUCAGGCAGAGCGCCAUUACGAACGUGAUGGAACUGCCUUCGCAUCUGUUGCACUUCCCGCUCAUUUCUCAGCUAUCACUUCUGUUCUGGAGCACAUAAAGCAUAGGCUCGAACCAGAGUGGUCCAUCAAUAAUGUCAUCGAUUGGGGGGCGGGGAUGGGAAGCGGACUAUGGGCAUCGCUAUAUGCUUUCCAGGCCCGCCGACUUACCCAAGACGCGGAAGAUUCGAAAGUUGCCAACUCAAGACUUACGUCUUACAUAGGAAUUGACAAGCGUGAAGGGUUGGUAAGAAUUGGCAAACGGUUGCUGCAGAACCUCGAUCUUGGUGCCUUGAGUUUGAGCUGGCAGAAAUGCUUUCAGGAAGGGGACAAGGUACAAGGAUCGCUAGGACAUAAUACCCUGGCACUCUCCGCGUUUACUCUGUCAUCUUUACCCACCCCCAUUGCACGCAAAGCCCUUGUCAAGGAAAUGUGGGAGAGCGGAGCCGAUGUCAUCGUUCUCAUCGAUCAUGGUACGAAAGCUGGUUUCGAGUCGAUUGCCCAGGCCAGGGAGUACCUGCUGAGACGAAAGGAAUCUGCGGACUCCGAAACUCACACUGAGAAUUCCAGUGGAUGUCAUGUCAUUGCGCCGGUAUUGGAUGUCGCUUUCUGCUUUGCCUGUUCUCAUUCAUCUUUCAGUGUCCUCACGACGGAGUUUGUCCGCUUCACCACCCAGGAUCCACGCGACUUGUUUGCGGCUUUUCACAACGCCUUCAACGUCCCUCAUUUAUACGGCGGACGAAACACUCGGGUCGACGUAAAAAUGGGGAGAGUCGGCGAGGUUGGUAGGAGAGACCUAGACCAGAAGGCGGCUAGUCCCAGGAAAGAGUUGGUACUCCACGAUGAGCACGAAGAAAUGGCUGCUGUGCCGGAACAUCUACAAGAAUCGACCUCCUUGACCUCGACCGAUGGACAAUCACCUGAGACGGGGUCUCUCUCGGCUUUAGAGUCAGCCCUAAGACUCGAGGCAUACCACUGGCCUCGCUUAGUCUUCCCUCCUCUGAAGAAUAACGGACAUGUCAUACUUGACAGCUGUACACCGGAAGGCAAAAUAAUGCGAUUGACAAUUCCAAGGUCGCAAGGGAAGCAACCGUAUUACGACGCAAGGAAAUCAAGCUGGGGUGAUUUGUUCCCCCACGAACCGAAGAAUGCACCUCAAGAACGAUACCAACCUCAGCGUGCCAAACGUGAGGGAGGAACCACCCCAACAAAAGGCGCCGAUAUUGGGAAACGAGGUAAAACUGGCCUCAAGCUGGAGCGAGAUAAGUCCGUCGAAGCUUUCUUGAAAGAGAAACAGAAAAAGUCCCGGCGUGAUAGGACAGCUCGAAUCCAAGCGCUGCGGGAGAAGAGUUAA